CCGCCGCCGCCGCCGCCACCGCCACCGAGCGCCCGGGUCGGCGACGCUGUCCCCAGAGCGCCAGGACGAGUUCACGCAGCCGCGGUCUGCCGGCUUCGCGGUGGCGGCGGCCCGAGACGGCCUUGUCGGGGCGGGUUAAAGGGACGAGUUGCAAACAGUUCAGGAAGUGACAAGUCGAUUUCCUCCUCCCUGGGAGCCGCUCGGUACAAAGCGCUCGGCGCCGGCAGGAGAGCGUGCGCGCGGCGGACGCGCGGCGGGCAACCCGGACGACUUGGCGAGCGCCGGCAGUGACGGCGCGGGGCCCGCGGCCAGAGCGCCCUGCCGUGCACAAGAGUUGACCACGCUUGGCCAUUUCCUGGAGGGGCCCUGUCCCAAGGGUGAGGGACCCAUGGGCAGCUGUUUCUGCUGAUAUCAUUCCCCUGGGGGUACCCAGGCAUCACUGCUGCCCAGGUCUGCCUUCCUGAAGAUGGCUCCUGCCCACCGUGGGAUGCAGCCCAGCACCUGAGGUCCUUACCAUGGUGAUGAUCCUAAGGAGAAGCCUCGCCAACCAGGGAGCUGACUCUGUAGCAUGCAGGACCCUCAGCCCUGAACUGCACACGCCAAAGAAGAUGAGUCAAGGACCUACCCUUUUCUCUUGUGGAAUUAUGGAAAAUGACAGAUGGCGAGACCUGGAUAGGAAAUGCCCUCUUCAGAUUGACCAACCGAGCGCCAGCAUCUGGGAAUGCCUCCCUGAAAAGUGUCAGGACGGCUCACUGUGGCACCGAGAGGCGGUGACCACCUGUGCAGUGACCAGCCUGAUCAAAGACCUCAGCAUCAGUGACCACAAUGGGAACCCUUCCGCACCCCCAAGCAAGCGCCAGUGCCGGUCACUGUCCUUCUCUGAUGAGAUGUCCAGCUGCCGGACAUCAUGGCGGCCCUUGGGGUCCAAAGUCUGGACUCCCGUGGAGAAGAGACGGUGCUACAGUGGUGGCAGUGUGCAGCGCUAUUCCAGUGGCGCCAGCACCAUGCAGAGGAGCUCCAGCUUCAGCCUCCCUGCCCGGGCCAAUGGGCUGUCCUCACCCUGCCACCAGGCGGGACUACACCACCGCUUUGGGGCGCAGCCCAGCAGCCGAGGAGCCCUGGGCUCACCCCCCUGCAGACAGGCAGGUGACCCUUGGAGCCCCGACCCACAUCCUGUGGGUGCAGGCCGGCUAGACCUGCAGCGGUCUCUCUCUUGCUCCCAUGAACAGUUUUCCUUCACGGAAUACUGUCCACCCUCAGCCAACAGCACACCUGCCUCAACGCCAGAGCUGGUGAGACGUUCCAGUGGGCUCUCCCGCAGCCGCUCCCAGCCAUGUGUCCUUAAUGACAAGAAGGUUGGUGUAAAACGGCGGCGCCCCGAAGAUGUGCAGGAGCAGAGGCCUUCCUUAGACCUUGCCAAGAUGGCCCAGAAUUGUCAGACCUUCAGCAGCCUCAGCUGCCUGAGCACAGGGACGGAGGACUACAGCCCCCAGAGCCCCUUCGCUGUCCACACCAGCAGCACUCGGUCCUGGGCCACCUUGCUCUCAGCUUCCAGCCCAGGGGGCAGGACCCCUGCUGGGACCCCAGUCCCUGAGCCUUUCCCCCCCUCCUUUGAUGACCAUCGCCUCAUCUGCCAGGAGGACCUGUCCUGUGAGGAGUCAGACGGCUACACCCUGGAUGAGGACUGUGGCAGAAAGGGGGAGCUGGCCCCAGCCUGGAGGGACUGUGGAGCCACUGGGAACAGCCUCUGCUCCCUGGAUGGCGAGUUGGACAUUGAGCAGAUAGAGAACAACUGAGGGGUCGGGGCCCUGGUCCAAGCUGGGGCUGCUUCCCUUUGGGCCCUAUAUGGACACUUGCAGGGGUACCCCAGGGAAUUGUUCUCUGGCUCCAUGAAAGCUGGUUGGGCCGGGCCCAUAGUGGGCCACCUCAGCUGCUCACCAGCUGCCCAGCACAUCAGCCAGCAGGUCCACGGAACUACUGUAGCCCACAGAGCAGCUUUUUCGUUUGUUCUUUUCUGCCUUGUUCCUUGUGGGAUGUUGGCAGUUAUUCCCGGCAGGGCUAAGCCCACAUUGGACCCCUCAGUGGGGAUGUGGUGGUGGGGCUCAGGGCCAGGUCCCUUGGGCCGUGUCUGGGCCCUGCUGGCCCCCUCAGGUUCGCUCGGAGCCGGCCCCAGUCUUUCAUUCCGUUUAUUCUGUGCCUUUUUUCCCAGGCCUCUGCUCCUGGGAAGGCUUGGGGAACACGCCUUCUGUCGUAACAGCAGAACCAUUUGGCCUUAAUCCUGCAUGGGGGCGCUGGUGUGGUCCUCUCAGAGGGUCAGCCUGGGUCUAGACUUGUGCCAGGAAAUGACUCAGUCGUGUUGGAGGCCAUCUGCAUCUGGCAGAUGCUUGGUGGACCUGUCGGCUGAAAGGCAGAGCCACUUGCCCCUCGAGGUCACGGAGCACCUGCUCCCCCAUGCCCUGGGAGGGGCUGCCAGGCUGCUGGCAAUGGCAGCCAUCUCCAUGGUGCACCAGCCCCUGAAUCACGAGCUUGGUUCAUGCAGGCGAGUGAAGAGAUGUCGUGACAGAAGGGCGACUUCCUAAAAGGAAUGUGAGCAGGUGCACAAGUCCAGGCCCUGUGCAGGCUUCCCGGGUGAAGAAUGUCUGGGGCGGUUCUUGGGGGCCAGGGAGGGCCUUUGCACUCCCUGCAGCAUCCCCAGGCUCUCCAGUGUUCACGGGCACCGGGCUUUAGUCAGAGUACACUGUUCCCUGCAAGACAUGCAGCCCUGUCUGCGGAGGGAGCCGUCCUGGGUGUUGUCUGCCUAAGGCAGUGCAGCCACCAGCCCCUCCCCUGGCACAGCCCUCCCUCCGGCUAUGUGCUCAGGAGCCCCCAGCCCACCUCACACACAUCACAAGGCUCCAUGCUCUGGGAAUCUGGCUUUUAGCAAACUUGGCAUCUUCUAGGAACAAUAGCAAGUGCGCUUGCCUAUGAAUGGCUCGCGUUCCCAUGAGGCUGAGCAUCUCUGGUGUGUUCUGCUUUCGCUGAGGUGUGAUCAGGACACUUUCACAGUCACUUUGCUUUGCUUCCCUUCCAUGGACCUGUGAGCGCCUCACUUCUGCAGGUGGGUCCAAAUGCUUCUCACCUUUCUCCAAGAAAAAACCUGGUUGAAAAACUUUAAUUUUAAACCUUCACAUUUUAUUACACCAGAGGGGUAGUGGCUCUGGUUCUGAUUUGUAGCUGGCAGUUCUUUAAAAUCAGCCAGAAGGUGCUUGCAGGAAGCCCCAUCUACAUGGCCCCCAGUGGCCACGUGGACAGCCUCGGGGUGGGGUAGCAGAGCACUGUGCCUGGCACAGUUUGUGGGGGGACCUGGUGCAGCUCAGUUUGCCGUGGCUCCUACUGGAGGCCUGAAAAGCCAAACCACAGUGCAGGCAGCGCUGGGCAGACAAAGAUGUGGUACCUCAGUCCUGCCUGCGGAUGGUGGAGGCCCUGUCUUCUCAGAGCAAGUCUAGAGGAAGAGGAAGGUAGUUGAGAGCAUGUGGCCAACACAUGUCAGUGCCUGUCCCCCAGAAAAACAGGGUGGGGGUUCUGGUACCUGGUGUGGUCAUACCAGGGGUGGGACAG